UAUAAGUCGAUUUUUUAUAAUACUAAAUAUAUAUAGGAUGAUACCUGUUAAUAGAAAAGGAACACGAUGAAUUUCAAAAUUGAAUUUUGAAAAACUGAUUAAAGACAUGGAUUAAACAUCUAUAUCGAAAAAGCGACAGUAGAUAUACAUAGUUCAGAAAAAAGAGAGUCGAUAUUGUUGUGAUCGUGAAAGAGGCUGAUUAAUGGCGCCAGCAUUGGGCCAUGUCUUCUUUGGCCCAGAAUUCCUUUUCCGAAAAUACGACCAGCGGAAAAAACGUCUAAGGUGAUUUAAUGUUAUCGACAUUUUUUACACGAUAUAAAGUGAUUAAAAACAAUAAUCUGUGUACAUAAGUGAAAGGAAAUUGGUACGCAUACUGCUACCAAUUGUGAAAGUUUGAAUGUCAAAUUGUAUGCUUUUGAUCGCAUUAUAAAUCGGAUGUCCCGCAUUGAACGAUUGUGUCAAUGUGGUGAACAAACGAAUCUGAGUAUCAAUUGAAUUUUUUACUUUGUUUUCUACAACUUUGUAUAUUUAGAUCAUAUUUGCAUACUGGGAAAUAUGGGUACGUUCGAUGGUGCACAAAGUGCACAGGAUGGAGGAGGAAUGCUCUCAAGAGAAUAAAAAAGUUGAGACAACGAUGCAGACUACGGUCGCGGUAGCGAAUACCUCAUCAGAUGACGUUUGUAACGCACGGGCACGUGUAUCUUGCCAAGAAGAGUUUACAUGUUCUUUGUAUAUCUCGCGUGCUGUCGGGCCGCAAGGUCAAGUGCAAGGAAUACAAAGUGGUGGCUCGAUUUUCAGCGAAAGAUUCUCGUUAUAGACAAGCGGUUCUUCUUCGCGAUGUACCCUGGGCUAUUCCUUUACAGGAUAUCAAUUCUGCAUUAAUGAAACAGGGAAUUGCAACAGGAAGCGUUGAACGUUGGCGACAAUAUAUACGCGUUGAGGUGUUAGAUGCUGGACAUUACGAACUCUUAUUGCGUCAAGGACUGGACUUUUUCGGUGCAGCCCGAUUCAGUGCCAUCCCAGAGCGUUGGUGGCGCGGAGGAACCGGAAGUACUGGUGGACCGCUGCAGGCAGGGCCAGGAAUAGUCAGCAACUUUCUCGAAACAUCUAAUUUUCAAACAGGGGACGGUGUUCUCCAGUGUUAUCGUUGCCAGGGAUUCUGGCAUAUGGCUGCCAACUGUAGACACUUGCCACGUUGCGUUCGAUGUGGAGAACCACAUAGUGUUGAGUUUUGUCCCAGACCUCGAAACAACCCUAUUUGCUGUCAUUGUUCCGGUCCUCAUCAUGCUGGCUACCGACAAUGUCCGGUUCGACAACAACUUUCGAACGCUACGCCUAUUAGUAUCACACUAAGCACUACUCGGAUUGGAAACCAAUAUCCCAUGAAUGCAGCCUCCAAGACGAACGCGUCCGCUCACGAGCAACAGCCCUUGAAGUCAAGCCAAUCUUAACGAAAUAUUACUGAAUGUCGACGUAUCGACUGUCCAUAUAUAUAUAUAUAUAUAUAUAUAUAUAUAUAUAUAUUGACUUCAAGAUCUUGUAAAUUGCUCGCGUUUACGAUUGCUUAUUGGUAUAUUUACGAUCAGUUAUACGGUCAGUUAUAUAAAUUUUAAAAAACAAAGAAAUUAAUGGAGAAACGAUGGAAAACAAAAACUAUUUCUUUAUUUUUUAUAUGUAAUUUAAACGAGUUUUUAUAAAUUUUAAUCGUUAUAUUAUUAUACUCGUUAAAUAACUGAAAUUAAAGAUAAUACAUGUAUAUAAAAAUAACAAUUUAAUUAUUUUUAAUAUUCCGCAAAAUCAUGUAAAUUUUUUAGAUUAUCAGAAACAUAAUGUAAAAAUUAACCAUAUAUGUACACACUAACCAGACGAUUUUCUACUUUUCGUCCUACUUUCUUCGUCCUAGUCUUUCUGAAUCUGGGUUCCCCCUCCUCCAAGUAAAUUCGUGCAUAUUGUUGGACGAUACUUUGUAACUGAUAAAAGAAUGAAAAUGGAGGGGUCUGAGCAGGUAUACUUGCGAAUUCUCUAGAUCGAUAGAUCACGGUAGAGAGACAACAGUCAAUUCCCGCCAGAUACUUGAUGUUCCAUCGGCGCAGUUUAAAGUUGUUUCUUCGAGGGAGAAAUUCAGAAAUUUGUCGAGUAUUGU